UACUGCUAUCCCGCUUAAAUAAUUGUUUAUCCCGCUUCUCACUAUUAUACUUUAAGAAUUAUAUUUUCCCAUUAUACUGUAAAUUGCAAUUACCAAUUACACUAUUCUCACCCUAGUAUUUCCGCUGCCGCUGUAACAACAUUACAGCGAUGCUUUAUGAAUCGGAUUGCACUGCAUGCGUUAUUUACACCGUAUCGUUCAAUUUUUCCGGACUGCCAUUUUAUAUGUAAUACCAGGCCUAUUUAUCCCCUGACAGUGAUUUUCUUUGCAGCGAAUCACAUCUGUCAUCUGGGAAUCGUAUUUAUUAAUUUGUCGAAAAUGAAUGUCGCACCGACGAAACGGCUUCGCACCACUCCUGCGCCCCGGGAAUGGACUUUCUUCAACUACGUGAUCGUCCAACGAGAGAGUGGAGUGUGGUGGCUGGGAUGCAUUACCGACAUCGAUACCGAAGGGGAACAGUACUUUAUCGACUUCAUGUCGACGACCGUUCCCUCAGGCUGGAUCCACACUCGCUAUAUCUGGACAUAUGAACAUAUCAGCGACCACCUCCCGCUGGCAGGACCGCGUGGCGACAUUGUACCAGCACACAUCGCCAUCCGUGCGAAUGCCAACGGCCCGCUCGUAAUUCGCGCCGGCCGGGUGAUUCGAUCCGGGACCGAGCUUGGUUACGUUACGCUCGACGAGCGCGACGAAACCGGGAUGCUCCGCUGCCACGUCGUCCGCAAGUACCAGGUGCUGGCGCGUUUGCCAGCGCCGAACGAGGAGCCGUUUUUCGGUCGCCGCAACGGUCUGGUCUGGACCAAAAAAGUCAUUCCUUUUGAUAAAGCCCAUCAGCUGCGGUGGUUAUCGUGGUUGAGGUUCUGCGUUCAGGAUGCGUUUCCCCCUCGCCUAGGCCGGGAGAUGUUCGACGGCCAGCGCAUGUAUGUACGGGUCGAAGAAGACCGUGUGACAUUUAUCUUCUACGAACAACACAGCCAAGUGCCUGGUAAUGCAGUGCUGUGCGAUGAAGAUACUUUGUACCGCAGUUGUACUGAAAAACACUCGUCGCGUUGUAUUGGUCCCGCGAAAAAACCGGCGACGGAUUGCUCAGUGGCUGUUAGGCGAUUGCGUGUUCACGCUGAUCCAGGAGACAGUUGCCAAUUCGAAAGCCUCUCAGUUUCCGUCAUCAAAAAUGUUCUUCUCCAUUUAGAUCUUCUGUCACAAUUUACUGCGAAGAGCGUUUGUGCAUUAUGGCGAGCCAUUUUGGCCGAGCCAGAUACCGGCCGGCAUCUGGUCCUUGACGCCAAUGUCUUCCAGCUUAGGGAACGCGAGCUCUUCGGAACAGUGCACGAUAACCACGCCUACAGAAAGGCGAUGGCCCUGGAGGCCGCUAUUACGACGCAGACUCGCAGCAUCAUUUAUAUCAGCAUACCCCGGAUUAUCGGCAUAACCCACGACGAUCCAUGGGAGAAACUCCUUUUUCAUUUGUUGCAGAUCAAGGGAAUCGUGCUGGAAAAAUUUAACAUUAAAGGUCGCUACGGACAACUACGCGUCUUAUCCGCCGAAAGUCAGCUACCGGAAGCGACGUAUAAGUACUCCUGCGACGAGCUGCUGCGGCUAAUGCCGGUGUGCCAUCAGCUGAUCCUCGUUGACUGCACUUUGGAGAAUGUCAUACACAACUGCAAUUACACCUACCCUCGCAUUAAGAAUAGCCUGCUUCCGAAACUGUUCGCUCAGAAAUACUAUGGGGACUAUGAUCGCCCGCGGCGCGAUGUGACGGUGGACCGUUGUGUUCUGCGCUGCAGCGACUCUCCAUCGCAGGUACUGCGGACCCUUCUUUUGGCUGUCAGUAGCAGUCUGUUUACUUAUCCGGGUCUUUACACUCGCGUGACGGCCAUCCAUCAGCAAAUGCUGAUGGAUGGACGCAGAUUCGGGAAAUUAUCCAACUGUUUAACGGGUUUCGGCCCGAUGGAUCGUUUCAAAGUUGGCAUGCGGUGGAUCUGCGGAAUCUGGAUGUCUAUAGCUUGAACGCGCUGACGCUUCUGGCCCUGCAUGACAUUUUUAUGCUCGAAAAUUAUACCGAUAGCGAUUCAAAUGAUGUAGCGGCACCAUAGUUGACAACUGCCA